GCCUUCGUCCAGCGAGGAGACGUGCCAUUUCCUCAACGCCAUCUUCCUCUUCCUCUUCAGGGAGCUCCGGGACACGGCCUUAGUGAGGAACUGGGUGACCAAAAAGAUCAAAGUGGAGUUCGAGGAGCUGCUGCAGACCAAGAUGACGGGGAAGGUGUUGGAGGGGCUGAGCCUUCGGGACGUGUAUCUGGGCAACGUCCUGCCCGUCUUCAAGGCCGUCCGGCUCAUCCGGCCCAUGGUGUGCAGCGAGGAGGGCUGUCCCGAGGAGCUGGGCUUCGAGGUGGACCUGGAGUACAACGGCGGCUUCCAUCUGGCCAUCGACGCAGACCUGGUCUUUGGCAAGUCGGCCUACCUCUUUGUCAAGCUGUCCCGGGUGAUGGGCAAGCUGAAGCUGGUCUUCACGCGCCUGCCCUUCACGCACUGGUACUUCUCCUUCAUGGAUGACCCACUGAUCGUCUUCGAAGUCAAGUCGCAGUUUGAAGGGAGGCCCAUGCCUCAGCUCACUUCCAUCAUUGUCAACCAGUUCAAGAAGGUUAUCAAGCGCAAGCACACCCUGCCCAAUUACAAAAUCAGGUACAAGCCUUUCUUUCCAUUUCAAGUGUCGUCACCUGAUGAGUAUGAAGAUCGAGACCUCUGUAUACAGGAUUUACCACUGACAGAAGGUCGACUAAAAGUCACAUUAAUUGAAUGUACAAGGUUAUUUAUAUUUGGAUCCUAUGAAAAGGAAACAAAUGUUCAUUGCACAAUGGAGCUGAGCAGUAGUAUUUGGGAAGAAAAAUCAAGGAGUUCUAUUAAAACGCAUAGUACGUAAUGGAAGUGCAUUGGAGGCAUGGGUAAAACUUGGUCCUGUGGGGAGGCAGUAAGGUAAGUUGCUUGUCCGUGGAUUUAGAUCGUGCAGUGAGGUUGAUGCUGAAGUCCUUUACAGUAAAGAUUGUAGAAAGAAAGCAGUUUGCAAAUCAGCAUGGGAGAAAAAACUUGGAGUGCUCCAGCUGUGUACGGUAAGUAGUUGAGGGGAUGGAAAAAAAGGACUGUGGGCAAGAGGGAAUAGAUCUUAAACUUAUAACUCAAAUCCCACAUAAUAGCUCAAAAUGGAAAAGGAGCCGGUAGUGAUGACAUGCAGGUGAAUGUGUUCUGUCUAGGUGACCUUGUUUCAUGUGAUGUCUAAAACAAAGCAGUUAUAUUUACUUUGGAAGUUUUUGACCUGUUGCAUUACUAUGAAGGAGUGAAGCCCAGUGCUUGAGUUUACUUAGUUUUGCUGUUCUACUUAAAAAUACAGAAGAGUAAGGGAGAGCUAAGAGUUUUUGUUGAUUGCUGAUAGUUUGUUUUAAGAGUGACUUAACAUAGGGUGCGAAAAAGCAAGAGUUCAGGCACAGUUUUGACCCGAGGAAAAUUCUGUGCUAGAGUAAUAGGGUAGGAUGUGUUGGGAGUAAUAUACUACACUGUAUGUUCAACUGGGAGGUGGCUUUAGAGGGUAGUUGUAAGACUUCUGUUGGUCGAGCACUCUUGUCAGUCAGCAAAAAUAAAUGGCUCAGGAAAAUCUUUAGAGUUUCUUUGAAACUUUCCAGUAAGGAAAAUACUCGAGAUACUAGGGAGUUCUCUAAGCAGUACUUAGGGAUGUAGUAUCUGUUAAUUAUUAAAAGAAAGGGGUGCAGUAUUAAGGGAGAGCAAAUAAUACCUAUUAAUGUGGUGCAGGAGACCAGGUGUGAUGAUAAAUAGCUGCAUGAACAGACCAAAGGACAUCUAACAAGGAUAAAAUAACCACCAAAGUCACAGCAGCAGUAAGGUCAUGGGAGUACAGCAGCUGUAAAUAUUUGGCUAGUGUGGAAUCUUUUAAUGUACCUAGUUAAUGUACAUAUUAUCUAUAGGUUAUAGAAACUCAAAGAUACUUGUAAUUAUACUAUCAAGAACAUUAAACAGCAGAUAUACUGA